AUGAAAUCCAGCCAGCCCGCUAUCGAAAAUGAAACGUCUCCCCAAAGAAUCACGCAUACAAACGAACACAUGAGAGCCACUGAAGACCACCUCCGGGAGAUCUUGUGCAAGGUUCUUCAACAACUGGAAACAGGCCCGAACUCGGACAAAAGCAAUGGAGAUGACCUCGAGUUCUUUCGUUUCUUCGUGGUCACCAUGAUUGCCAUCUCCGUCUUCGGCGCCUCAACCUUUGCAGUUAUCAUGGGAGAGAUGACCGACCCCGCCGACAUCUGGGAAUCACCAACCUUCACUCUAAAAACCGUCCGACUGUUUCUUGCCGUAUCGUGGCUUGCGUUUGCCAUGUCUAUUGCUUUGGCUGGUUACAGCGGCAGCGUCCUCGCGUUGAUGCGACAAAAGGCGAAGGGCGAAGUGAGUGAGAAAACGAUUAAGAAGUGGACGCCUGCUGGACUUGUGGCUUCGGUGGCAUUGCAUUUAUUAAUUGUCACUGGCUUCUUUUUUAUGUCUCUGAGUUUGGUGGCCUAUGUUGGGUCGUUUGGGUGGGUUAUUGUUUCGGUUUCUGGGUCAAUGUAUCUGGUGGUCUUUUGUCUGCUUAGUGCGCAGUAUUACCUGCGGUAA